CCCAGAGCGAUGUAACCUACUUCAUGAGGUCUACUCAGGAAUUGGACACUGGUAAGUAAUGGCGACGACCAUUCACUGUUUAGAUAUUUGACAUGUGCCUUUAGCUCCUCCUCUAGCUGCCCCUCUGCUCUCCCUCCAGCUCCUCUUAAUAGCUCAACCUACCCAACUCCGUGGCACCCCCACGAUCAAUGGCCACCGCCACAGCUUCACCCACAAUUUAUAUUCACUGGCCUAGGCCCCCGGAACAUGACGAAUCAUCAUCCAGAAGAUCUAAUUCAACCCGGUUCGAAACGACGGAAGAUCGAUCCCAGCGAACCCCAAGAAGCCAUUAACCUGCUGUCAGACGACGAAGGUAUUCCUGAUGAGAUUCACUACCCUCGAGUGCCAGUCGCAGGCCCCGCGGAAUGGGAGAAACCGAGAGAUGAGAACAGCCGGAUAUUGUCUAAGCCUAGCUUUGCCCCUACUCGACGGCCCCAUACGGACGAAAACGAGGUAAUAUGGGUUACACCCCGCUCGAAUCAAGAAAAUAGCCCAUAUGAAGCACCUCUUGCUCAAACGCCCACGACUCAAACGACUCAGAUGACCCCCAAUUCCCAUAGUGAAUCAACGAGGCAGACCGUGCCGGAUCCGCGGAUGAUACUUGGUGCGCAAGCCGUAGCAGGAAUGGCCGCGGAACAAUGCGACAGGACGCAAACAGUGACGGCACUGCCGGAGGGGAGUGUUUCUCGAUCAUCAGGAGUUCCAGGACAGCCAUGCGGACAGCCAGGCUCCAAUCUCAACACUGCAACAGGGGUACAACAGGUUCCUCGCAUACCGGGGGCUGGGCCCGGAGCAUCUGAUAGCACCUUGCCACCACCUUCGUCAUCGCCUCUGCAAAACGCCGCAAUAGCGGCGGGUCCGCCACCGAUAAUUAAUGAAGACCCGCCACUCUGCCCAGAACAAGCUGAGUUGGUUGACCUGAUUGUCAGUGGAAGAAACGUGUUCUACACUGGCUCAGCUGGCUGUGGAAAAUCAACUGUACUUAAGGUGUUCACCAAACGUCUGCGGGAGAUGGGAAAGAACGUACGGAUUCUUGCACCGACAGGUCGUGCGGCCUUGAAUGUGGGUGGAGCUACGACCUGGACCUACGCAGGAUGGACACCGGACGCCCACAAGCGACCGCUGGAGAAGCUCAAGGAAGAAGCGCAUGGCAAGUACGUCUGGAAACGCUUCACAGGAACGGAUGUUUUGGUGAUCGAUGAGAUUAGUAGUAAGCCACUUUCAAAGCCCCAGUCCAGGCCCGGUCCAUUUGCCAGACUGGAUCACACAAAGGAGAUUGGGUCAGGACACCUUGGCCUUAGAUUACGAUCUGAGCCUCCUCGUUCAAUAACAUACACUCAACGGAUAUUCACUAAUCUGUUGAUGCAGUGGUUGAAAACCAUCACUUUGAACGACUCAAUGAGGUUAUGAAGGCGGCUCGCAGCGUUCCCCGCAAGCCUGAUCGAGCCUUUGGGGGAGUUCAGGUCAUCGUAACAGGUGACUUCUGUCAGUUGCCGCCAGUGAAGCCGUUUCAGCAUUGCAUAACGUGUGGCAGAGAGUGUAUUGAGAGCUAUUCGGCCGAUGG